GAGGGAGGGAGGGAGGGAGGGAGGGGGAAAAAAAGGAAAUAAAAAGCAAGAGGAAAAGAAACCCCAAAAAUGUCUGUAGCUUCUCCGAUCCCUUGCAUCAAGCUCAAAAUCUCUCACCCUUCUUCAAAAAUUUAUCCAAAUCCUUCAUUUAUAGUGCGCGGUUCAAAAGCUGAGGGCCCAUUGAGGAGACCUUCGGCUCCUUCGCUCUCUCCUCCUCCCCCUCUGUUGAAGCCAGCAGCUCCAUCUCAACCUCAACCUCAAGUUCAAUCUCAGUCUCCUGCAAAGGUUGAAGCUGGGGUGACUUUUGAGUAUCAGAGGAAGAUGGCAAAGGAGAUGCAGGAUUAUUUCAAGCAGAAAAAGCUUGAGGAGGUUGACCAAGGCCCGUUCUUUGGGUUCCUUGGCAAGAAUGAGAUCGCCAAUGGAAGAUGGGCAAUGUUUGGUUUUGCUGUUGGAUUGCUUACUGAGUACGCGACAGGCGCAGAUUUUGUUCAGCAGCUUAAGAUCCUUCUCUCUAACUUUGGAAUUGUGGAUUUAGAUUGAUAUUUCUUUUCGGAUCUGUAUGAUUGCCUAUUGCUAGAUUCACAGGAAAUAUAUCAUAUAUGCACGCACGUACAAGUAUUCCUUUUUCGUUCCUAAUGAGUUGCAUGUAUCUAAUUGUCAUUCUUGGGUUGAUUCCUUGAAACCCUGUUUAUUUUGUGAAACUUCUUGUUUUUGCGUCUAUAUGUACUAGUGUAAUGCACGUACUUUGCAUGUGAACAUACAUGUUUUGAGUUUUGAAUUUUUUUUAUUGUAUAAUAAAAUUGCUUAAAAAACAAUGUAUGAAUUAAUUAUUAUUGUGCA